AAGUAGGCUCCACACCCAAUGUGCAGCUUGAACCCACGAUCCUGAGAUCAAGAGUUUGUGUUCUAUCUACUGAGCCAGCCAAGCCUGCCUUACUAUUAUUUUUACGAGGUUAGACUUCGUCUUCUAUGGCAAGAUAAAGUUGUCUUGAGGGAGUGUGCUGAACAAUGAAGGCCCAGAGAAGCAACAAUGAAUAUUUUACGUGCCAAGAUGGAGGCAAGAGACAAAGUUAAUUAUAACCAAAUACUCAUAUUAGGUGGGUUUUUUUUCGUUAGGCUAUUAAGCUCCAAGAAGGCAGGGUAUUAACACCCUUAGUUCUUACCCUUAGCUGUUGAUUAGCUGGGCUAUUAGUUCUAUAAGAGAAGUGUUUUAAUUGCUUUGUUCACUUCUGACGCUCUAGCACCUGGCACAUAGUGGGCCUAAAACAAAUAUUGGAAUGUCUCAGGGCCUGAAGGGACCUUUGACGUUACUGAUAAAUUCACUCUCUCCUUUGACAUCUGGAGAAACAGGGCCAAAAGGGGAAUGGACUUGUCCAAGGUCACACAGGGAUUAAGCGGCUGAGCCGGGACUAGAAUCCGACAAACAGCAAAAACAGCGGUGCCAUGCUGUGCCAGAACUAACAUCUUGCAUCAGUAACUUUGUUUUGCUUUCACAAGAGCCCAAGGGGUAGCUAUUAUUAUCCUUUGAUUAUCAAUGAGGAAAUAGGCUCAGAGAGGUUAAGGGACUUACCAAAGUCACAGAGCUGUUAAAUUUCAGACUUGAAAUCCCAUCCUCACAUAAAAAUGGGAACAUGGCUUCACUUGAAGUAGUCUGCCGGAGUGGUAGAUGCCCUCCCUUGGGACGUCAGCUCUCUCCAAUUCUGCGUGGUCACCACCUCGGUGGCUUCUCUUGGGGCUGGAUUUUCCUAGGCCCGUGGGCAUAUCGUUUGUGUGGGUGAGCCUGUCUGCUUCAUUCAACAUGUGCCCCAGCCCUGUCGCAUUUUGCCUGCCAUGUGCACUAAAAUCUACGGGAUGGGUAUAACCCGGGGCUCUCCCACUUCAAAGCCCAUUUACUACCCCAUCCCGACAACCUGGUCUUCUGUUUUGCUCACAGGUACUUACGGGACUUUUUGACCAUGUGCGUCAGGUAGAGGCCAGGAGGAACUGGGGCAAGACUUGGUUGAGAAGCUAGGGGGACAGAAGCCAGUCAAGUUUUCCUGACACCCAUCAACCAGGCCCUGGUCACCUGGUCUCAGCCAGCUUUGCCUGCCUUGCCGUGUGAUCUUGGGUAAGUCACAACUUUGUAGCCAGCCACUGGAUUUUCCCAGAUGUUUCCUGUGGAGGCUAAUGCUGAGCUUCCUUGUGCAGCCGUGGCCUGGCUAGGAGGGCAGUGGUUAGCCUGGAUUUGACCAAUGUGGGAAUGGUGUUGGGGGGGGGGGAAGGGAGAGGUGGAGGUUGUCUUUAGCCCCACCCUCUGGUGACAUCACACAAGACAACCUCCAGUCCCUGGAAGCCCCGCCCUUAGUGACCCUCACCUGUGGAAGUACCACAGGUGCUUGGCAUCUGGAGAAUUUGCCCAGUCCCACAGCAGAAUCCAUCGGCCCCCAGGCUCGAGAAAAUUCCCUAGAUGAACACAGAUGGCGGCAUGAACACAGGAGGAAACAGCAGGGGCUGCUGUGUGGAGCCUGGACUGGGAUGGAAAUGGCUGAGGUAGUGAGCCUCCUUAAUUAUUCCUCGGAAAUUUACUGAACAUCUACUACAUGCCAUGCACUGUUCGAGGCACAUGGGAUACAUCGGGGAGUACAGUCACGGGAUCCUCGCUGAGCUAGCUCUUCCUUAGGACGACUCCUCUCUUCUGAAACUCAGUGUGGGGACAAGGGGGCAGGAAGGAGGGACUAAGAACUGGGCUUCCGAGCCUCCCAGCUGCUGCUGGUGGUGCCAUCAAGGGUCGAGGACACCAGUCCCCUGACUUUGCUCUGGCCUCUCUCCCAGCUCCCUGCCUGGCCCACAGCCAUGGCCACGAUGGUGGCCCAGAAGCUCAGCCAUCUCCUGCCCAGUUUGCGGCAGGCCCACCAGGAGCCUCGGCCGUCCAGGCGGCCAGAGCCCGUGUUCACAGUGGACCGUGCCGAAGUGCCACCGCUCUUCUGGAAGCCGUACAUCUACGUGGGCUACCGGCCGCUGCAUCAGACCUGGCGCUUCUACUUCCGCACGCUGUUCCAGCAGCACAACGAGGCGGUGAACGUGUGGACCCACCUGCUGGCAGCCGUCGUGCUGCUGCUGCGGCUGGCCGUCUUCGUGGGGACCGUGGGCAUCUGGGGAGACCCGCACGCGCUGCCCCUCUUCAUCCUCCUCCUCGCAUCCUUCACCUACCUCUCCUUCAGCGCCUUGGCUCACCUCCUGCAGGCCAAGUCCGAGUUCUGGCAUUACAGUUUCUUCUUCCUGGACUACGUGGGCGUGGCCGUGUACCAGUUCAGCAGCGCCCUGGCACACUUCUACUACGCCAUCGAGCCUGCCUGGCACGCCCGGGUGCAGGCCGUCUUCCUGCCCGUGGCCACCUUUCUCGCCUGGCUUUCUUGCACUGGCUCCUGCUACAACAAGUACAUCCAGAAGCCUGGCCUGCUGGGCCGCACUUGCCAGGAGGUGCCCUCAGCGCUGGCCUACGCGCUGGACAUCAGCCCCGUGGUGCAUCGCAUCCUGGUGUCCCCUGACCCUACCUCAGACGACCCGGCUCUUCUCUAUCACAAGUGCCAGGUGGUCUUCUUCCUGCUGGCCGCCGCUUUCUUCUCCACCUUCAUGCCUGAGCGCUGGUUUCCUGGCAGCUGCCACGUCUUCGGGCAGGGCCACCAGCUCUUUCAUGUCUUCCUGGUGCUGUGCACGCUGGCCCAGCUGGAGGCCGUGGCACUGGACUACGAGGCCCGGCGGCCCAUCUAUGAGCCUCUGCAUACCCGCUGGCCCCACAACUUCUCUGGCCUCUUUCUGCUCACCGUGGGCAGCAGUGUCCUGACCGCGUUCCUCCUGAGCCAGCUGGUACGGCACAGACUCAACCGGAAGGCCCAGUGAAUGGCGGG